CGCAAGUUUAAAUAUUGGGCGGUGUUUGCGUUGAUUUCCGUAGGCAACUUUGAUAAUGUCGUUAGUUAGUCACAGAUGAACAAACACAAUAAAGAGAAGUGCGUUCAUUUGUACGUUGUGCAAGUUAUCGACGAAAAGGCGAAUUUAAUAGCGACUACAGCACAUCAGCCGGAGCGCGAGUUGGCUCGUCUAGAAGACGUUGACCGACUCUUGAGUUCUGUUACAGCAGAAGAGAGAAGAAGCUAAAAUGGAGACCAGCCUGUCGAGGCUGCUCGGUGGACUCUCUGUACAAAUCAGCCGGAGUGAUGGUCGAGUGCACCUGGCAACGGUCAAAUCCGUUGACACCGUCAAGUCCACGGUUAUGGUGGAGUGGCAUGAGAGGAACAUCUGCCGAGGGAAGGAGGUGGAGGUGAGUGAGUUGUGUUCACUCAAUCCAGAGCUUCUCGACCAUGUAAACAGUGUCACCAACAAAGCUGCCCAUCCUCCGACUGUUGCUCCAGAGAAGAAGUACGAGGGUCGACUGCGCUCAUCUAGGAUUCCUGCCCCGCCCUCCUCCUCUGCUCCAGCUGUCACCAAGGCUGAAGAGUCAGGUCGGCAAGUUGCCAAUCGGUCUCAAGUCAGGCAGACAUGUUUGUUCCAAGUCCCAGCUCCUGUUCCAGGACCAGUCUCAACUUCUCAGGGAAGCCCGGAGACAAUCCACCCUGACCUGCCCACAUCAUCAGUCCUUACAAAUUCUGUGUUUCCUUAUCAGCAGCGUAAAAAGAACGAGACCAAACCAGCACAGCCGAUGCCUUUUGUCCGUGAGGCCAUAAAGGAAAAUGAUGAACCUGAGAAAAGGGCUCCUCCACUCACGGUCAAAGGCAGGAGAAAAUCUGUGGCUCCCCCAGAGUUAAACAAAGGCAGCAAACGGCUGUCUUGUGUUAUUAAGCCUCCUGAAAUGCAGACCAAGAAGGGAAAGUUUGGUGAGGCCCCCCGGCCAAAACAAAAGUUCUACGAGAUGAUCCAAGACUUCAGAGAGACCAUGGAAAUAAUCCCCUUAGCACCUUCUGACCUGAUUGAACCUCACAGGAUUUGUGUGUGCGUUCGCAAGCGGCCCCUGAACAAGCAAGAGAUUAAUAAGAAGGAGAUUGAUGUGGUAUCUGUACCUGGGAGAGGUUCUGUGUUAGUUCAUGAGCCAAAACAGAAGGUGGACCUCACCAAGUACUUGGACAACCAAGUCUUUCACUUUGACUAUUCCUUUGACGAGACCGCCACCAACGACCUGGUCUACAAGUUCACAGCCAAACCUCUGGUGAAGUCCAUUUUCGAAGGUUGCAUGGCGACAUGUUUUGCCUACGGCCAAACAGGAAGUGGAAAGACACAUACGAUGGGAGGUGAUUUCACGGGGAAGCAGCAGAACAGUGCCAAAGGGGUCUACGCCUUGGCAGCCCAGGAUGUUUUCGUCUAUCUCAACCACAGGAGGUAUGCCAACCUGGAUCUCUCUGCCUUUGUCAGCUUCUUUGAGAUUUACAAUGGCAAAGUGUAUGACCUGCUGAACAAGAAGUCCAAGCUCCGUGUUCUAGAAGAUGACCGACAGCAGGUUCAGGUUGUGGGUCUGGAGGAGGUCUACGUGACCACAGAAGAAGACGUCAUCAAGAUGAUACAGACAGGCAGUGCAUCCAGAACAUCAGGCCAGACCUCAGCCAAUGCCAACUCAUCCCGCUCUCAUGCCAUUCUCCAGAUUGUGCUGCGACGCAACGACCGUGCUACCACUCUGCACGGCAAAUUUUCGUUGGUUGAUUUAGCCGGCAACGAGCGCGGUACAGACGUCAGCAGCAAUGACCGCAGCACUUUGGUUGAGACUGCGGAGAUCAACCGCAGCCUGCUGGCUCUCAAGGAAUGCAUUCGUUCCCUGGGAAAAAACAGUGAUCACAUUCCUUUCCGGAUGAGCACUUUGACAAAGGUCCUCAGGGAUUCCUUCAUUGGAGAAAAGUCCAGGACCUGCAUGAUUUCUAUGGUGUCUCCAGGCAUGGCCUCAUGUGAAUAUACGAUGAACACACUACGUUACGCUGACAGAGUGAAGGAGCUGAAUGGACAUUCCAAAGCCAGUGAGGCAGCGAAGGCACAAGAGCCUAUCGAAAGCUCCUCAGAUGAGGAAUCUGUUGUGCAUACUGUUGACUAUGAUGCCAUAUCCCAGGUGGCAGAUCUGGAGGAGAAAGUUUAUGGCGAGCUCCAGAGGGCAAAUGAACUCGUUAAGGCAAUGGAUCAAACCUCAUAUAACAUUGAGGCAGGACUUCCCGACCUGGUGGAUCAUUCCCAGAAAUUAUUCGAAACCGUACUAGCUUUGCAGUCUGCUGUGAAUCAGGAGAGAAUGGCGAGGCUGAACCAAUGAGAAGAAAACCCAUCAAGGCUAACAAGGUUGUUUAUUGUAAAUGUAUGUUUUAUCGCAUUUCUUUGUGAUUUUAUAGUAUUAAUCACUAUUAAAUAAAAAUCCAUUCAAACACUAAUUCAUUAAAUAUGUUAUAGCUCGGCUAUGAAAAAAGCCACGUUGGAAACUUCUUUCGUAUCUUCUAUGCAGCAGGUUUUGCUGUGGAGGAUUUCUUGUGUUUUACCAUGCCUACUCCCACUGGCAGAUACUGGUACCCAUAAGCCCCUGUGAUAAUCUGGCAUGUGUAUAAUUUAGUAUAUAAUGGGAAUUCCUGUGGAAAAUUCUCAUUAAUCUAUGUUGCAUCUGUUAUGCACAUAUGACCUAAACGGUAAUGUAAGAUGAUCUGCUGGACACGAUGUCAGCCACUUUCAUUUGUUGGGGUAUUUUUUGUACGGCUGAGGCUUUGGAAAUGAAACACUCAAAAUAUAGUUAUAAUUUGAAUUUUUUUGUUGUUGUUGUUGGUUUUGGGUGUGAUUUAAUAAUGUUUCAAUGUUUGAUAUUGAUUUAUAGUAACUGCAGAAUGGGUUUGUUUGAGAGGAAAUAAUUUCAAUAGCUGUGUUCAUGAAUCAUUCAGUAAGAAUUAUUUUGUUUCUUCUGUCUCUUCAGUAUAUCCUUCCAACAUAAAACCCUACACAAAAUAUAGAUACAACCUGUAACAGCACAAUACACAUUCUGUGAUUAGAAACAAGGCAGGAGAAAAUUUGGUUCCACUUUCUGCUAAUAAAAAAAAUUAAAAAAAUUAUACAGACAAUAAAGUAUACCUGUACAGUA